UAUCACGCGAGAAGCAUUCAACCAACAAAAAAACAGAGCCUGUACAGUCUAAACGCAUGCGUCUUCGAAUACUUCAGUAUGGAAACGAGAAUGGAAGAGGGUGCAGGUGAUACUGUGACGGAGUUACUAAAUGGGGUAGAUUUUGAAAAUAAUACACAUCAAAAGGGCAUUUCAAACGGAUAUGGACCGUACUCAGGAACUUUGACAAAUGGAUAUACGUGCAUCAAUAAGAAAAAUGGGUACACCAGAGGAAGACGUCAAAACGGGCAUGUGUUGGCAUCUUCCGAUGAGGAAUGUACCAGUAAAACCAUGAAGGGACCAAUAAAAAACGGUUACGUAAAAGCCGCUUCAGAAGAACCGCUACCAAAAACGCGAAUAAUUAAAGAAUCUUUCGAACCCCCAACCCUUCUAACAGCGGCUUUAACGCAUAUUAGCUUCUACAUUUUGAUGUUUCUUGGGUAUUUAAGUCAAGCAUUAUUCCCACCAAAAGUUGCAAAAGAAAAGAACCGAGAUGGUUAUUCACCGCUGUUUGAUAAAUUUUCCAGUUUUUAUUCAAUGUACGUUUAUAGAAGAAUACGUGAUUGCUGGAACUACCCAAUUUGUAGCGUGCCUGGUAAUGAAGUGGUUUUAAAGGAUCGCGUCACGAGGGACAACGGUUGGACCUUUGAGUUCACCGGCUCUAAAACCAAGUGUAUAAAUCUGGCAUCAUACAAUUAUCUAGGUUUUGCAGAGAAAUCGGGUCCUUGUGCUGAGGCGGCUAUCGAUUCCAUUUACAAAUAUGGUGUUACAACUGGAGGAACAAGGCAGCAAUACGGAACCUGUGAUUUACACGUAGAACUCGAAAAAUUAACAGCCGAAUUUUUGGGAGUAGAAGACGCAAUUACUUUUGGAAUGGGUUUCGCUACCAACGCUUUAAACAUACCCACUCUUUUAUCUCCCGGUUGCCUCGUUAUUAGCGAUGAAAAAAAUCACGCUUCGCUUAUUUUGGGCAUUCGUUUGCCAGGAGCUACGGUGAAGGUGUUUAAACACAACGACGUUCAACACUUAGAGGAAAUUCUCCGAGAGAAUAUCUAUAAGGGACAACCCAAUCAACCCAAAGGCGCGUAUAAACCCUGGAAGAAAAUUUUAAUAGUAGUAGAAGGCGUUUAUAGUAUGGAAGGCACCAUUGUUCGUUUACCUGAAAUCAUUGCACUUAAAAAGAAGUACAAAGCUUACUUAUAUUUAGAUGAAGCCCACAGCAUUGGGGCAAUGGGCAAACACGGCCGCGGCAUCGUAGAUUAUUUUGGAUGCGAUCCAAAAGAAAUAGAUAUAUUGAUGGGUACUUUCACCAAGAGUUUCGGCUCUGCUGGAGGUUAUAUAGCUGGAACCAAAGAAUUGAUAUCGUUUCUGAGAAAAAAUAGCUUUGCUUCAAAACAUGCCUGGGCAAUGGCACCACCAGUCGCUGCUCAGAUUAUAGCAGUUCUUAAAAUAUUGAUGGGCAAGGAUGGAACAAACGAAGGACAGAAGAGAAUCGAAACUCUCGCUAGAAACACGCGUUAUUUUAGAAAGAAGAUUGAACAGAUGGGAAUUAUUAUCCAUGGCAAUGACGAUUCACCAGUAGUUCCGAUUCUUGUUUACUUAUAUUCUAAAAUUGCGGCCAUGGUGCGAAUACUGAUUCAAGAAAAGAUUGCAACUGUCGGCGUUGGAUAUCCCGCUACACCGUUAAUGGAAGGAAGAAUCAGAAUAUGUUUAUCUGCAGCACAUACCAAAGAACAGUUAGAUUAUGCCUUGCAGGUGAUUGAGAAAGUAGCAAAUGAAUUAGGAUUGAAGUAUUCGCGGAAACCAAUCAAUUCUGAGCCCAUAGAAUAUGACAAAAUUAAGGUCUAUGAAGAUUAAGAAUUUCAAAUCAAAUAAUAGCUUAAUACAGUGUUUAAGUCAUGCUUGUUAAAAUUUUUGAUACAUAAGCAAAGUAUUUUUUUAUUGAAUUUUUGAUGAUUGAACACUUUUAUAAACUUUAUUAAAGUUUAUACAAAAGUUGCUACUAAAUUGUUCAUUACAAGUCUUUCAUACAAACAUUAUUUAUUUAAAAAAAAAGAACGUAUAACUUAAUAUUCACCUAAUGCUGGAGUUUUUAUAAGCCAUUCGUAGUUUCUUUUAUAUUUUGUUGAUCUUGCAUUUUGUGUUUUAUUCUAGUUCGUCUAGUAUUUCAGAAUUCUUCGUAUGAUAAGAUUCCACUGUGCUACUUACAGACAUGGUUCAGUAUUGUCAAAAUUUAAGAGGCACAUUAUUACAGUAUUACCGAAUUUCUGCUUUUAUAGUAUAUUGAUGACUUAAAACAUAUCAAGUAAUACCUACUUACUAUCAUAGAACUGCUUCAUAGAUUACUUACUAGAACAUUUAAAGCAGAAAAGUAAUAUAUGGCCUUGAAGUUUAUGUUUAGCACUUUAUUUUUUUAAUUACUUUAUUAUUUAUUGAUUUUGUGUUGUUCAUGUCAUAUUAUUACUAUUUAGAAUAUGUUUAUGGAAACGCAUUCCUGUUUUAUUUGUCUCCUUUGUGAUUCUACAUAUUUUUAUAUUUAAACUAUACUAUUCUCCAUUUCUGAGGCAAACAUUUGUUUUUAACACCUUGCUGUUAUUGUUACAAGAUUACAGAAAAAAUAAAUCUUUAUUAUAAAAGUUUAA